GGCGCUGGACAUUCUGAUAAGUUUUAUUCACAGUUCUCAUUUUGCGUCUCUCUCUAACUUGUUAUGAUUAGCAUAAACAUGAGUGAAAGAGAAGAAAUCUGCUUUUGAUUGUAACGAAUGUUAACGAAUUGUGGUUAUUUUACUGAAGUUUUUAUUUAUUUCAAUAAGACUAUUGUGCAAUUUAAACAAAUAUAUGAUAGUAUAUAUGUUGAAUGUGGGAUAUAUUUUAAAUACUCCCUUUUUAAAUGCAAUUUCCAAUGAAAAGGGAUCCUAUGGAGAACGACAAAAAUAAUCAGUCAAGUGUGGAAGAAGAUAAAACAAAAUCAUAUAUUCAGUUUCAAAAGGAGCGGCUGAAAGCUCUGCAAGCAAAGCUUUCUUCAGAAGCAGAAGAGGAUUAUGUCAUCGUUAAAGAAGAACGUAGCGGCUAUGAGUCAGACACGAGCGAGUAUUCAGAGGACUCGACGGCGUACGACGAUGCGCCGACUACAACCAAAGGUGCUGGGCAGAGGAAGAAUAUCAACAGAGGUCGAUGGACCAAGGAGGAGGAUAAAAGGCUCAAAACGUAUGUAAGGAUGUACAGUGAGAAUUGGGAGCUGAUUGCUGCGCAGUUUCCAGACCGCUCCGAUGUGCAAUGCCAGCAGAGGUGGACGAAGGUCGUCAAUCCUGAACUAGUCAAGGGGCCAUGGACCAAGGAGGAAGACGAAAAAGUCAUGGAACUGGUCGCCAAAUACGGUCCGAAGAAAUGGACACUUAUAGCUCGACAUUUAAAAGGAAGGAUAGGAAAACAAUGCAGAGAACGUUGGCACAAUCAUCUGAACCCAUCAAUAAAGAAGACAGCGUGGACGGACCACGAAGACAGAGUGAUAUAUCAAGCACACAAACAACUCGGCAAUCAGUGGGCGAAGAUCGCUAAACUCCUGCCGGGCAGGACAGAUAAUGCGAUAAAAAACCACUGGAAUUCAACAAUGAGGAGGAAAUACGAGCCAGAUAUAUUGGACAGCUUCGAGAACAUUCGCCGCAAGCAGGCGCGCGCCAAGAGCCGGGAGCACGCGGAGAACGCCGACACCAGCAACGUGCAAAUACUAUACAAUGAACAGAGUUGGACGGAUCCAUUCAACGAAUCGAUACAGAGUAAUACAUCGUCCAGUGCGCCUUCGAAGCAAGUGCAGCACUUCAGGCAGCUGCUGAAGGAGCAGCUUGCCCUGCGGCCGCGCUCGCCGCGCUCGCCGCGCUCCCCGCCGCGCCGCCUCGUCGCCGUCGACACCGUAGAGAUAGUCGAGUCACCUUUCAAAUAUGUAAACAUUGAUUCUCUACCUGACUCUCCGAUCAAAAGCUAUUUAUCACAAGCCACAACUUCAGAUAAUCAAUCUGUGAAUUCAAGUACAACGAGGUACGCGCUGGAGGCGGGCUGCAAGGAGAUCGAGGUGCCGUCGGUGUACGUGUCGCCCAAGAAGAGCGCGGAGUGCAGUCCGCCGCCCAUCCUGCGUCGCCGCGCCAAGCGACCGCACGCACACACCGCACACACCGCACACACCGCACACACAGCCAAUACGUGGUCGGAGGCGAUCGCCAAGGCCUUAGAGCCGAAGGAGUCAGGAGUGACGCCCAUCAAGGCGCUGCCCUUCAGCCCCUCGCAGUUCCUCAACUCGCCCGCCGCCGCCUCCUUCGCGCACUUCGACUCCACGCCGCUCAGGACAUAUGGAAAGGAGUGGAGCGCGAGUCCGCUGCUGCAGACGCCGACAUGGAUAGAUGGAUGUUUGUUAGAAUUUGUAGACGAAACGUCGGAACAGAACAGUGGAUAG